AAAAUAACUUAAGUCAUGCUAUUUUAGCUUUCACCUUGUAUUUCAAUCACCAAAGCUAGGCAAACAGCCAUGGAAGAAAGACGGAUUGUUUUUAUCCUGAUACAUUUGGCAUUUUACAAUUAUUUUGUCGCUAGAGCACUGGGCAGUUGUUCUGAAGAUGUAACUGAACUAUCCAAUAUGCCUCUCCGUCAACUAAACAGGUUGUGGGGAGAAGAAGGAAAUCUUGGUAUCAGUGAUGACAAUCUGAAUUAUGAGUGGUACAGAGUUGUACAUAAUGGAUGGCAAUAUAUUAUGGUUGACUCGACCAAUACACCUAAUUAUACGAGCUGUUCUACAUACUAUCCCGUAUAUUUGAAAGAUACACACCCGAUGAUAGAUUCAUUAACUGAAACACCAAAAAUUGUAGUGGCUUGUAAACGUGAUUAUUUGUAUCCAUGUGAUAUACAGCAUCAAGUGAAGAUAAGGAAAUGUGGAGAUGAAAUACAGUACUACCUGCCCCCGACAAAGUCAUACAGUGCAUUCUGUUUCAAAAAUCAUUCAAAACUGUAUACAACACCUGAUAUAUCAGAUGUUGUACUUGGAAACAUAGGCAUAGCACCAGAGCUCAGAUUCACAGAAACUGUGAGUGAUUCUCCAUUUGGAAAAUCUACACGUUUCGACCCGUAUUUUCAGUUCCGAUGUUCGUUCAAUGUACAAGAGGCUUUCUAUUAUAAAGUUAGCUGGUAUGUGGACGGGGCCCUUUUAGUUUCAUAUGGUCCUACAACAGACAUAAAUGGCUUACUUUUUCACCAGAGUGUGCUUAUAGACAACAAUAUAACAAUGGGAUUCGAUAUUUAUUGUGGAGUUAGUGCUCUUACGUCUGAAGAUGCGGAUGCCGGUGUAACAGAAAUGGUGUUUAGUAAAAGCUAUUUUGCAGGCAUCAAAGUAUCAAGUACAAGCAUCAACAUUAAUAAAGGGGACACAGCGGUUCUUCAAAUGACGUCAACAAUGCCAAUAGGCUGCGGAUAUGACGAUGCAGUCGAUGAUGGUUGUAUUGAAAAUUUUCAAAUAUUUAAUAAAGAUAAUGAAGGAUUUCAAUGCCAAGCUGGUGUUGCUAAUUUAGCCUUGCAACCAAACCAACGAUGUUCUAAUGGAUUACAGACUCUGAAAAAUGGAUCAAUUUGGGACUCUGAUACAGUGUUUAAUUUCUCUAUAGUGACAAAUUUACGGAAACUUAAAGAUAAAAUUUUUUCCUGUUUUUACUUCCCUAAUCAAUGGGACAUGAUUUUGGGGAAAUUUUAA